UCUGACCACUAGUCCACUGACACUCUCCCAAAUAACAAACUGGUGAGGCCUCCAUCCCACUAAGCAAGCCACUCUGGCAUGCAGUUAUGCAGUUCACUAACACACUAUUGAUGGACAAGUCCCAGCCUGUUACACAGGCCAAUCGUGUGUCUUCCUGGCACAUUAAGUGGACCAUCUGCAACCCAUGCAUUCACAUCACAACGCACAUGCCUGCUUCAAGAUCUUCCUAGGCUUACACUGAAAUUAGCAUCCCAUCGUAUUACCUGAAAGCCAAGAAACCAGAUUUCUCAUGAGGGGGAACUGUGGGACCUAUUGGUACCUGCAACAUUUCUGAAAUAUAUUGCCAAAACUGAUAGAUGUGUGACAUUUUCAGCUGUGGCUGACUGACCAAAGUCCAGAGCGGUUUGGUCCUUCUUUGGAGAAAUCCCUGAGAGAUCUACAGUUGGACUACAUUGACCUGUUCCUCAUCCACAACCCUAUGGAACUCAAGCCAGGUGAUGAUCGCUAUCCAACAGAUGAAAAUGGAAAAGUGAUUUAUCACAACACAGACAUUCGUGACGUAUGGAAGACAAUGGAGGAGUGCAAAGAAUCUGCACUGGUCAAAUCAAUUGGGGUUUCAAGCUUUAACCAGCGGCAGCUGGAACUUAUACUGAACAUGGAAGGAUUGAAGCACAAGCCAGUCUGUAACCAGGUUUUUGAUUUUCAGCUAAGUGAUGAAGAUAUGGACAUUCUUAAUCAACUUGACAGAAACAUGCGCUAUACAACUGGACGCCUAUGGGCAGACCAUGCAAAAUGUCCAUUCCAUGAUAAAUAUAAAAAUGACAAUCUUGCUCAAAGUUGCAUGACUCGAGUGUAUGUUCUACCUAUCCAGGGUCAAGGUAUUGGGUCAAGAAAGGCUCCAAGAACAAUCUUUUUGAAUGAACAUCUACUGGUAUUACUGCUACUGGUAUUAGACUUCUAAAGUAAGGCCUCAUGCACACGACCGUUGUGUGUUUUGCGGUCCACAAAUUGUAGAUCCGCAAAUCACGGAUGCCGUCCGUGUGCGUUCCGCAAUUUGCAGGAAAGGCGCGGACAGCCAUUAAUAUAACUGCCUAUUCUUGUCCGCAAAACGGACAAGAAUAGGACAGAUUAUAUUUUUUGCGGACCAAAACAACGGUCGUGUGCAUGAGGCCUAAAGGUCAAGGUAUGAUCUCUGCAAUAAAGCCUUAAAAUGGUGGCAUAUGAGAUAAAGAAAGAUUCCAUUAAAUUGAAACAAGUACCAGAUGUUUUCAUAGCAUAGAUACAAUGGGUUCAUGAUCUCUCAAAUAACUGUCCACAAAAAUGUAAAUAUGGGACCAAAAAUG